AUGCUUGACGACCUGUUCGGAGGCAUGUGCUGUUUUGUUGUUAAUGCUGUUGUUGCUGGUGGUGGUGGUGAUGGUGAAGCGGUUGCUGUUUUGUGUGCAGGAGAGGUUAGUACGUUCUUAAUGGAACCGAAGGAUCGUGUCAAGAGGACUGCUUCAGUCUGA